ACUAGAUGGCGAUUGAAAUGUUUGGUUUCACUUUUCAGGACUUGAGAGGCACGCUUGUUCCAGUCAGUAGUGAGAAGAAGUUCCUGGGUGUUUUUGUUAGCCUUUUGUAUUUAAAAUGAAUGUGCGCUGUGGUGGAACAUCUGAGGCGAAAGAUGCCAAUGAAGAGGUGCAGAAAAUAUGCGAUGAGAUAAAGUCUCACGCCGAGGAUAAAGCUGAGCGCAAGUUUGACAUUUUCACUGCCAAAUCUUUUAAAACACAAGUUGUUGCGGGGACAAAUUACUUCAUUAAGGUGCAUGUAGGUGGGGAUGAGUACAUUCAUCUACGUGUCUAUAAAACUCUGCCCCAUGCUGGAGAAAAACUGAAGCUGCACAGCAUUCAGACAUCCAAGGCUCAUCAUGAUCCCAUUGAGUACUUCUGAAUGAAACUAAGAAAAUCAUAAUAAAU